GCACUGGGACCGAACACUCACCUGGAAUCCGAAGUUUAAGCUGCAGCAUCUGGACGGAACAUCGACAUGAAGCCGGCCUCCUUGCUCCUGCUCCUCUCCUCCGUCCUCCUCUCAUCACACCUCCUGCCCGCCGCCGGCAGACCGCGCUCCCCCCCCGGCUGGCUGGAUGGCAGCGAGCGGCUCCAGACGCAGCGACUGGAUGAGGAGCUGCUCCGGGCGGCCGCCGCCGGGGACAGCGCCGCCUCGGACCUGCUGGGCGACAACAUCCUGAGGUUUCUCCGGAGGAAGAACCCGGAGCAUCUCCACCAGCUGCCCGCUGAAGAAGAGGAGGCGGGCGAUGAGGAGGCGCUGAGGAACGCGGUGCAGCUGCUGAAGCGCAGCGAGGACCCGCCGAUGUCCAUCGACCUGACCUUCCACAUGCUGAGGAAUAUGAUCCACAUGGCGAAGAUGGAGGGCGAGAGGGAGCAGGCUCAGAUCAACCGCAACUUGCUCGACGAGGUCGGGAAGUAAAAGUCCACCGCUGACAUUAGUGUGUGUUCGCGCGCCUGCCUUCCUCUCCGUGCCAUUUUACGCACAGGUGGUGCCAAAUUACGCACCACGGCAUAUGCGAGUAAAGUGUAAAACCUUAGGUGUUGUUUAAGAACUUUGUUGGAGAAAAUGGGAACGGACAUCUCAGACCCCCCCCCCCCCCCCCCCGUCUCACACUCCCUGGGCUCACCCCAUCCUUCACCCAUCAAUCCCCCCCAUCCCCUCCACACUGCUGGACUCCUGGUGGACAAAAGGAAUCAUCACUGGUUUUCACAUUCUCUCAUGUUUGACUUCUACACUUCUGUAUCACUCGCUGGUUCCUGGUUCAUGUGAGUGUUUCCACAGAGGAAGGUUUAACUAAAGUAUCUACACUGACAAGUCAUUUGCAAUUUGAAUUAAUCACCGGGUUAAAUUACAGUUUGACAUUUGAUUAAACUGGAGCAGAACCCAUUUCUCGUCGGUGUGCCGAGUGACCCUGGUGUUAAUUAGGAUGGUGAUAUUUACCCUCGGCGAUGAAAUCUGUUUGAAUAAUGAGAGUUACAUUAUGGAUCAUGUAAUUACUGAAACCCUCCUUGAGAUUAGACCCAGACAAGAACCUGAACUCACACCCAUUGUCCCUGAUGAAUUAAACGAGGCUGAACUCUGACCUUUUAGAAUAAGGUUUUUCUUAUAAAUUAAUAAAGACAAAUCUCAUCACUGCAGAUUCAGACCACAAACUAAACAGAUUUUGUCUAAUUAGUGAAAACCUGGUGUUUUCGAGCCUAAAUUGAACUUUCUUGUGCCGAGGAGAAUUUAAAAAACACUUCUGUUGAGUAUAACUUGGUUGUUUUUCGUCAUUGCUCCAGGAUCUAAUGUCACAAACCUCUCCGUUUGUCCUCUGAGGCUGAAUUGCUCCUCUGUCCGACACCAUCAGCUUCCCUUUGUCCUCUGUGUGUCCCCCAUGUGGAGCAGCAUCAUCUGUACUGUAAAAACUGUCGCAUGCAAACCUACAUGUAAAAAAAACCACAAAAACAGCUUGAUUUGACUGUGAACGCUCGUGUCUGACUCCGAUCACCCUCUCUCUGUUUUAGCAAAUGAAAAGAACAAAAUCUGCUUUUUUGCCAUUUAUAUUUUAUAAU